AUGGAAUAUGAUCAGAAAUAUCCAAAGCAUUUACAAGUGAGAAAUUUAAUAAGUACUUCGGUUACUAUUGGAGACUUUAAAGGAUUUGCCGGUAAUUUUUCAAAAGAUAUCAUUGAUAGAUUGAAAAGAUGUCCUUUAGUACAAGAUAUAACAGAAGACCACAUCUUUAAAGCAUGGGAUUAUCAAAUGCAAGCAGAUGCACCUAGACAUUUAGCAAGGAUUAGUCGAAGGAAAAGAAUGAAGCCCAAUAAACAAUACCCAUAUAUUUAUGAUAAUCAAUUUAUGGGUCAAGGGGUUAAUGCAUAUGUUAUUGAUUCAGGAGUGGAAGUAAAUCAUCCAGAGUUUGGUGGCAGAGCUUCAUUAGGUCAUGACUUUACGAAUGAAGGCAGCGGAGACUCAAAUGGACAUGGCACACACGUAGCAGGCUUAAUAGGAUCCGCUACGUAUGGAGUUGCAAAAAAUGUAAAUAUAGUUGAAGUUAAAGCAUUAAAUAGUAAAGGUGCUGGUUCAUUAAGUACAAUUUUGUCAGCAAUUGAUUUUACAGUCAAUCACAGAAUAGAAUCAGGUAAAAAGGGAGUAGCUAACUUAUCAUUGGGAGCAUAUAAGAAUCAUGUAUUGAAUAAAGCAAUUGAACAAGCUACAAAAAAUGGUUUAUUAUUUGUUGUGGCUGCAGGAAAUUCCAAUAUCAAUGCUUGUAUGACAAGUCCUGCUAGUUCAAAAUUUGCAAUAACAGUUGGUGCAAUUGAUGAUUAUAAUGAUUCUGUAGCAGGAUUUUCCAACUGGGGUGAAUGUGUUGAUCUUUUUGCAAGUGGAGCAUAUGUUAAGAGUGUUGAUGCAAAAAAUCAUGAUAAAUCACAAGUUCUAUCCGGUACAUCGAUGGCAUCUCCAAUUGUUACGGGAUUAGUUGCAAAUUUGUUAAGUGAAGGAGUUGAGCCCGACAUGAUUAAACCUACAUUAUUAAAAAUGGCAGCUAAGAAUAGAAUUACUAAAUCAUCCUUAUUUUUAAGGAAACAUACUCCGAAUAGAAUAGUUUAUAAUGGUGUCAAGGAAAAAGCUAUUAUGGCUGAGGCAGCUGAGUAUUAUGAAGAAGAAGAAGAUGAUGAUGAUGAAGAAUUAUUUGAAAAAAAUCAUAUUUAA